GUUCUCCGCGCCCUAAGCUGCUCCUGACCAGGGCGUACGCGCAGGACGCCAAAUGUCCCUGAAAGCGCUCUUCUACGCCUACGUGCUCGGCGGCCUCACCUUCCUCCCGCUCGCCGUCCUCGCCGCCGUCUUCUACACCGUCUACACAUCUGUGCCCGUCGGCGACCCCGACGGCAGCAAAUUCAAACGCCACGAGCUCGAGGCGCAGUCCGAGGCGGAUGCGGUCGCAGAGGGCGCUGCGGAGCCGCCCUCGACGACCGCCGCAGCGUCCCCAGCGGAGAUAAACGACCUGCCGCGGCCGCGCAAGGGCUGGCUCACCGUGCGGCGGACGUUCGAGGAGACCCCGGGCGAUGCGUCGUACGUGGGGCUCGUGAAGGGCUUCCUGGACGCGCGCUCGAAGGACCCGAAGCGGUCGCGGCCGAAGGACAUGUGGUACGUCGCGCUCAAGGGCAAGGUGCUGUACCUGUACGAGGACGAGAGCAUGACGGAGUGCGAGGCGGCGAUCGAGCUGAGCGGGCACGAUGUUGUGGUGUUCCCCGAGGGCCUUCCGGACGGCGAGCUGUUCGCGAAGCGGAACGCGAUCUGUUUGAAGCCGAAGACGAAUGUCGGGGAGAAGGAGCUGCCGAGCGUGACAAGGGAGAUGAAGCUUGGAGAGGAGGAUUUGGACGAGGAGCUUGACGAGGAGAAUAUGAGCGCAAAGCAGAGGCAGAGGGAGCGGGAACGGGUGGCGGAACUGGAGAAGCGGAAAGAGGAGGCCAGGGAGCAGGCGAUGGACAUAUCGACGCCGUGGUUUAUCUUCGUCCGCUCUGCGGUGGAGAUGGAGGACUGGUAUCUCUCGCUGGUGCACGCGUCGGACAACCCGCCGAACACCUCGACCCUCGAUCCCCUGAAGAUGGUGUUCAAGCCCGAGGACAUGUCCCACUUGGUAUCGACGCUGGACGAGCAGCCCGACGUCAUCCCCAUGCGCUGGCUGAACGCUCUCAUCGGCCGCAUAUUCUUCAGCUACUACAGGACGCAGACUCUGGAGUCGUACAUCAUCGGCCGGCUCAUGAAGAAGAUCUCGAAGGUCAAACGGCCGGGCUUCCUCACAGACAUCGUCGUCCGCGAAGUCAGCGUCGGCAAUCGCGCACCGACCUUCAGCAAGCCCAUGCUUAAGGAGCUCACCAAGGAGGGCGACGCUUCGCUGGAGGUGCAUCUUUCCUACAAGGGAGAGGUGCGGAUCACCGUGGAGGCGACGGCGACGAUCAAUCUGGGCGCACGGUUCAAGACGUACACAGUGAAGCUGGUGCUUGCGUUGGUGCUCCGCGAAAUUGAAGGCAACCUAUUGGUGAAAGUCAAGCGACCGCCGAGCAGUCGUAUUUGGUACGCUUUCACACAGAUGCCAAGGGUCGUCCUGGACGUAGAGCCCGUCGUGAGUGAUCGCCAAAUCACAUGGGGAAUGAUUCUCAGCACGAUUGAGUCCAAAGUCAAAGAAGUGAUCCAAGAAUCCGUCGUGCUGCCCAACAUGGACGAUAUCGCGUUCUUCGAAAGCUCGCAGUACCAUCAUCGUGGCGGUAUCUGGGCCGACGCGUCGCGUCGUGAAGACGCUCCGUUGCCUGACGAAGACGCACCCGUGGAUGGUACGAGCACACCAGCUUCAGCUCCUCCACCCGAGACGUCGAAACUCGACUCGGGAGAGGCCGAGAUCCCCCCUGUGCAGCGGUCGCAAUCAGCAGAGGUCGAGAAGACUGUUGAUACUUCUCUCUCUGAGUCUGUGCCGCUUACGCGUGCAGCUACCACGGACGCUGCCGUCACGUCGGCUGUGGGCUCAUCGUCGGCGGCGCGACGGCGCAGCUGGUUCGCAGGCGUCCAGGAAGAGACCGACGCCCAAUCUACAAGCUCUGCUCCCGCAUCCGAAGUUGAUGAAACAGAAUCGCGCGGGCGGACAACUGGGCCUGAUACCUCCAGUGGCCGGAGAUCGAGCUCAACGCCGAAUGCUGCCCCUGCGGAGUACCAGGAUGAUACGACUUCGUCUGUGGACCCGGAUGAAGAAGACCAAUAUCUUACGCCAACCGCAUCGAAUCGCCGCAGCUCCUCCCAACAUUCACGUUCGGCGUCAUCAAGAGCAGCCUCGUUUUCUUCGCAAGCCGGCGAUUUCUCCGACGAUGGGUCGGAGUCUCAGAUGGCGACGUACAGGAACAAGAGCCCCGCCCCGAGCGGAAGCUCGCCGCGCCAGAUGCCUACAAGCCCGAGCUCGUUCCUGCAGACAUUGAAGUCGCGUGCGGGUGACAAGCAGGCGCUCAGCAAUACCGCGAAGGAGGCAAUGCGCAAAUGGGGCGUUCAGUGGGGCAACUUCCGUAAAGAUAAUGCGUCUACCACGUCCACGCCCGGGCCUACACCCGCGUCCACAUCUGCGUCUAUGGCGGACGAGGUCCCCGACGCCGGCAACGGAGACCAGCGGCGGAUUGACAGCCGCACGCACGUCACGCGUCCGAGCUACGCUGAAGUACGCGCCGCGGUGGAAGAGAGGCGCGAGCGUGAGCGUCCCCCACUCGGAGAAGCAUCCUCGCGAAGCAAUCAGCAGGCGUCAGAGCCCAUCGUUGUCCCGCUUGACGGGAAGGGGAAGGACACUGCUCUUGUAGGCGCAUCCCCGAGACAGACCAUGGCAGCUUCGCCGCCUGCAAGGGUGGAUGAGGCGCCUGCAGCGCGUUCUGUGUCUCCGGCGGCGCUCCCGGUAGAGAGGUCGGACUCACACGUGUCGACGUCUUCCCGGGAGAGUGCCGCACAGGUGCUCGUCGCGCCUGAGGAGCCGGAGCGGCCGCCCUCGCCAAUACACACGCAGCCACCGCCCCCGAAGACGAUGACCAUCCCUGGAAUCCACGCCAGCCAUCGCGGGGAAGUGAUGUCCAUGGGCUUCGUCGCUCCGCAACCGGUCCCGCAGGAGUCGAAGAAGGCCCCGCCGCUGCAGAGCGUCUACCGCCUGUGGAAGAACCCCGGCGCCGCGAGCUCGACCGUGAGCGAGCCGGUGCCAGUCUCCCAGACAGGAUUCUCGGGGCGCGACCAGGACUCGGGGGCGGCACACGAGGGCGAGCCCUCGCCGACGCCACCGCGCCCGGUGCCUCCGCCGCUGCCGCCUCGCGCGAACUCAACCCACGUCCUGCAGUCGAAACCCGAGGUGCCACGACCCGUGGAGGCUGACCGCUCGCCGGCCUCUGCUGCCCUGCAGUCUAUCGUCUCGAAGGACCGGGUGAAGCGUGCCUCGCUCACCCCGCCGUCGUCUCCCGGGCAGAACGGUCUCGUGCAACGCGGCGACGCGAGCACCCCGGACUUGCCGAAUGCACCUGACCGUGACAGGUCGGCGGUGUUCGACUCGCCUACGGACCUCACCCCUACGCCCUCCACUCCGUCUACGCCCCCAAUCCCCGCGCAAACUCCGAACGGACGCGGUCCACCGCCUGCGCUCCCGCCGCGCCGCGUACGGACAUCUGCAUAGUAUGUCGCAUAGUGCACAUAAUGACCAGGCCCCACUACCGUAC